AUGCAACUGCCGCUGAGCCAGGCUGCCCCCGCUGAGGGUGUGCCUCCACAGUCACGGUGCGGGUCGCCAUGCUCCGCGGUAAGUCGAUCGGGGCUGCACUCGCGUCUCUCGCAGCUCAGCUCCAUUCACGCGCAGGAGGCAGACGGUCUCGCCUCUGUCGACGAGUUUUCUUCUUCCUUCGCGCCGCCGUGCGCCUCCCCCGGGCCCGACGACGACACCGGCAGGUGGGUGGAGCGGCUGCGGCUGCUGGUGCAGCAGCAACGCGCCAGCCCGCCACGCCGUCCGCGGAGCCCGGGCGAGAGCGACGUCAACGCCGGCGCCAGCGGCUGUCAAACGCAGCCCGGCGCCUCGGGCUCCCUGCGUCGCUCGGGACUCUCGACGUAUCUUUGGCGGAAUUGCGGGCCCCGGCGUUUGACGCCGCCGUCCGCUGCACGGCGACCCGCUACGUCGUGCGGUGCGCCCCGGACUGAGACGGCGUUGGGCCCGGGCUGGGCGCAAGACCGUCGCUGGUGCGUCACACUCACCACGGGCGUGGUGGGCGCCGCCGAAAGCGCGGGUGAGUUUAUGACGCUGGAGUGCAUGUCGCCCACACGCACCGCCACCACCUUCCUCCUCGACGAGGCAGUUGUCAUUCGCCACCUAAAACGUCUGGUGGCACCGCUGUCGUACGUGGUCCGCGCUGUUUUUUACUACAGUGAGGAGUUGGGUGGCUACGUCCCGCUCUCGCAUGAGAAUUGCCGCAGCAUCGGAUGCCAGUUCAGGGUGUUUGUCGUCCCCACGAACGCCCGCACGCCCGCGGAGAAGAAGCCCACCACGCCGCCGACGGCUGCCUGCCCCUCCACGGCAAGCAGAGAGGAGGGUGGACGCGGCGCCAGGGCAGCGCGGCCGUCGAGUUGUGCGUCGUCGCCCCCGAAGUUGGGCGGCGUUGCGGCCGCCUCGUUGAGUGCGCCGGUAGCGCGUGUGUUGUCAAGCGACGGUAGCCGCUCCGCAUGCGGUGUUGCGAGAACUGCGCCGAGCAGCAACAUCAGCAGGGUGCUAGCGCACAGGGCCCCGGCGGCGUCUUCACAGGGCGCGCCGGUUGAUGCUGCCCGCGUGCAAGACGCGUUUUCCUGCGACGCGGCGCCACGCCCGUUCUCUGCGUGCUCGGUCGUUGCGGCGCCGCCGCUCUCCGUGGUGGAGCGGCUGCGGGGCGAGAUCGCGGACGGGAUUGCACGGCUGCACUCUAUUGCAGAGUCCACCCCGCCGCGUGGGCUGCGCGGCACGGGCCGCGGCGUCCAGUCCGCAGGCCUGAGCUGCGACUUCACUCACGACGGCGGGGCGGGCCACCCGCGUGCCCUGAAGCGGCGCUACUCUUUCCAUCCGCCGCUGAGCGUCUACGCCGGCGCGGCCGGCAAGGCACAAAAAGCUGAUGGCGGCCUAAAGGAGGAAGCGUUGUCGUCUGUGCGGAAUGCCCAAAAAUCACGGCAGUACCUGCAAUGGGUGCGCGGUUGGUGA